UGGGUUUCCAUUCAACUUCACCGCAAUGCCUGCCCUUGAGAGUCUUGACUUGACAUCAAAUCAAAUCACAGAUCGACUUCCUAAAGAGAUGGGUGUUUUAACCAAGCUUCAAGUCUUGAACUUGGCACGAAACCAACUCUACGGCACAAUCCCCGCAGCCUUUGGGAACAUUUCCUCGCUCGUUACUCUAGACUUAGGGACCAAUUUUCUGAAUGGAUCGAUACCAAGCCAAGUGGGUGAGCUUCACAAUCUCAAGCAUCUUGUGCUUCGUCUCAAUCAUCUCUCUGGCCUAGUUCCACCCAACGUGUUCAACAAGUCCUCAUUACUCACCCUUGUCUUGGCUUCCAACAGAUUUGAGGGAACAUUUCCACCUGACAUUGGAGACAAUCUCUCCAAUCUUUUAGUCUUCCACUUUUGCUUCAAUCAGUUUACUGGAACAAUCCCUCAUUCAAUCCACAACAUGACCAAAAUUCAAAUCCUACGCUUUGCUCAUAACUAUUUUCAUGGAAUGCUGCCACCAGGUUUGGAAAAUCUCCCUCAACUUUCAUAUUACAAUGUUGGGUCGAAUAAGAUUGUCAGCGUCGGUGAUGAUGGACUUAGUUUUAUACGUUCUUUGAUGAACAACUCGCAUCUCGAUUACUUGGCAAUCGACGAUAAUCAGUUGGAGGGUCUAAUUCCAGAAACUAUUGGAAAUCUUUCGAAGGAUCUUUCAGUGUUGAACAUGGGUGGGAAUCGUAUGUAUGGCAACAUACCUCCCUCAAUAUCUAAUUUGCGUGGCUUGUCUCUGCUAAAUUUGAGCGAUAACUUGUUAUCAGGUGAAAUCCCACCUCAAAUAGGCAAGUUGGGAAUGCUACAAAUGCUUGGUUUGGCUAGGAAUCGAUUCUCUGGUAACAUCCCAACCUCACUAGGAAAUCUUCAAAGAUUGAUUGAAUUUGAUUUGUCAGGAAACAGUUUAAUUGGAGAAAUACCAGCUUCUUUUGGGAACUUUGUGAACCUAUUCUCGUUGGACUUGUCCAACAAUAUGCUGGAAGGAAGUGUACCAAAAGAGGCACUCACUUUGCCUCAUUUAAGCAAGCUUUUAAACCUAUCCAAUAACCUUUUUAGUGGGUCUCUGCCGAAAGAGAUUGGGUUGCUACAAAAUGUUGUUGCCAUCGAUAUCUCUAAUAACCAUAUCUCUGGUAAUAUUGUUUCUUCAGUCAGUGGUUGCAAAAGCUUAGAGGUACUGAUAAUGGCCAGAAAUGAAUUCUCAGGCUCCAUUCCAAGAGCUUUACAAGAUCUUAGAGGCUUACGACGUCUCGAUCUAUCCUCAAACCAUCUUUCAGGCUCCAUUCCUAGUGAGCUUCAGAAUAUAGCAGGGCUUCAGUUUUUGAAUCUCUCUUUUAAUGAUCUGGAAGGAGCAAUCCCUAUAGGUGGAGUAUUUGAAAAAAUCAACAACAUUUAUUUAGAAGGUAAUCCAAAGCUUUGCUUGUAUUCUUCAUGUCCAGAAAGUGGAUCUAAGAGUGCAAAACUAACUAAAGUUAUAGUCUACACGGUUGUAUUUUCAACAUUAGCACUCUUUUUUGUGAUUGGUAUGGUCAUCUGUUUGAAGAAGAAGAAAUCGAUGGUUGUACCAUCGACCGAGUUGCUGAGGAGGCAAUAUGAAAUGGUUACUUAUGAUGAGCUGCGUUCAGCUACAAGAAAUUUCAAUGAGAAGAAUUUGAUUGGAAAAGGAAGCUUUGGUUCAGUAUACAAAGGAAAUUUAAAGCAAGGAGUUCCUGUGGCUAUCAAGGUUCUUGACAUGAACAGGGCUGGUUCUAUAACUAGUUUUUUGGCAGAGUGUGAAGCCUUGCGGAACGUGAGACAUCGAAAUCUUGUUAAACUCAUCACAGCAUGCUCCAGCAUAGACUUCUCAAACAUGGAAUUUCGAGCUUUGAUUUAUGAACUUUUGAGCCAUGGAAGUUUGGACGAAUGGAUUCAAGGCCAAAGAAGCCAUGAAAGUGGAAUUGGACUCAAUAUCCUUGAGCGAGUGAACAUCGCCAUCGACAUCGCUUCAGCGAUAAAUUACUUACACCAUGAUUGUAGGUUUCCUAUAAUCCACUGUGAUUUAAAGCCCAGCAACAUUCUUUUAGAUGAACACAUGACUGCAAAAGUAGGAGAUUUCGGACUGGCUCGGUUGCUUAUGGAAAGUACAGACACUCAAUCUUCUAUCACUUCUACACAUGUUCUAAGAGGUUCCAUUGGUUACCUUCCUCCAGAGUAUGGCUAUGGAGUAAAGGCAACAAAAGCAGGAGAUGUGUACAGUUUUGGAGUAACAUUGUUAGAACUUUUUACAGGGAAGACUCCAACAGAUGAAUAUUUCACAGGAGAACUGAAUUUGGUAAAGUGGGUAGAAUCGUGUUUCCCGAACGAUUUGUUGGAAGUGAUAGAUUUCAAAUUGUCAAGGCUUUGUGUGGAUUUGAAACACGAAAAUCAAAUCAUAAAUUCUGAUAAGCAGAAGGGUUGUUUGAUCCAAACAAUUGAAGUUGCGCUCUCAUGUACAGUGAAUUCUCCGACAAACCGCAUUGACAUCAAAGAUGCUCUAUCAAAGCUUAAAAAUGCCAAAGACAACCUAAUUUGUUCUACUAAGAAAAGCGUUUCAUGCAGCGAAGAUUACUCAGUUCAUGAUUUAGAAUAUUGAGUAAAAUUCUAAUAAUGUAAAGAUUACCAACCUGAGCGAUGACCUAAAUUUGAAAUGCGCAAAACUUCGGUGGAGAUCAAUGAAGGAGCGGAGCCAAGGGUUUGCAGAAGACUCUUUUUGACGGUGGAGCUCGCUUUCAUGACUUAGCGUUAAGGUUUCACAAAA